CUAAUUUUUAAUUUAUUUAUAUAUUGCUUUUCUGCCCUUUCUCGAGAGUGUUCCAGAAUCGGUUCGUUAAGACAAUGGCUACCCUCAGAAUAGCUCUUCGUAACGUCCACCGCAUCGUUAAUACCUACGCCGUUGCCGGCCGUACAACGACCGUUUUCAGGCCACAGUAUGGUUGGGUUUCAACAUAUUUUUCAACUAAUAUUAGUAACACUCAGCCAUUAAACAUCGAUCUUUCUAACGAAGAAAGCAAAAGGCGUCUUUAUAACAGAUUGUUGUAUAGGAGCAAACAAAGAGGGUUUCUGGAGCUGGAUUUGGUUUUGGGAAAAUGGGUUGAAGAACAUAUCCAUUCCAUGGAUGAAAAUGGAAUUAAAGCUCUUGUUAAUGUCCUCGAUUUGGAAAACCCCGACCUUUGGAAAUGGCUAACCGGUCAAGAACAACCACCCGAAGCAGUGACCAUUAAUCCUGUCUUCUCUGCAGUGCAACAGAAGGUCUUGAAAAACCUCAACAACCAUUCCUCUCCCGAGACCCGAGCAACCCGUGGCCGGCCAUGGGUGAGAGGGUGGGAUGAUAUCAAAAAAGGUCGCGAUAGCCCAAUCACCGGAAAUCAGUAGCUUUUCUUUUGCCUUUGAGAUAACAGGUUCUGAAGGCUUGUUUAUUUCGAAACAAAUUAAGGUUUGUAAUAUGUAAUUUCUUCGAUAUUGUAUGCUAGAAUAUGAAAUAAGGAUGGCUGCAUUGCUGCAGUGAAGCUGGAGAUGUAAGAAAACCCUGAAUGUAUUUGGUAUAGGCCUUAUUUAAGUUGAUCUAUAGCAUAAAAAUUGUGGCUUGAAUUGUCA